ACUCUUUUAACAUUGGCGGUAAGAAACACUCGUCUGAUUUAUCUAACGUGAACAGUUUUUAUUGAUAUACUGUAACAAAAUGCGCUUUUAUGAAUGUUUUUAUGCUUUCUGGACAGAUUUCUGUAUGAUGCGGAUUCUAGUCGCAGUUUUAGUUUCCUAAGAGAUCAUGAAUGUGAUGUUACAAAACUGCUCUGUUACAAAACUGGAUACAAAUGUCCCAGAGCGGGUCUGAGAGUGACAUUUGGGAUUAUAAACCUCUUAAGAAAAACAAAAAACGAAGCUGUAAAUCACAAGGAUCAAGAGAACAUGUGACAAAGAGGAAGAAGGAGAGCACAGUGCAAAAAACAGUCAAAAGUGCUGAAAAACACACUGAUUUAGACCACCAGAUUGGGAGUAAUGCUCCUAAUAACACAGUGAACUCAGGAUCCGAGGAUGUGAAUCAUGGGACAGUUUCUCGGGAUGUCCCUAAUGCAGACUCUCAGUCAGGAAGAGGCUUCUGUCCUGUCUGUCAAAUGCCAUUUUCCAUCCUGGUUGUCCAGUCUCAACAAUGGCAUGUUGCAGAAUGCUUAGAUACAGCUGCUGACAACUGUAAAGAAUGCCCAGAUGGUCUUCAGUGUAUGUCCACCAUUCCCAAUCAUUAUAAAAGAUACAACCACUCUCAGCUGGCUCAGAGUCGAGCGCAAAAUGACUCCGUCCAAGCCAUCUCAGACUUCAGCUUGAAUUC